GCAGUUUGUCCUGGCGCCGCCAGACGGCAGCAACGUGCGUUCCCCGAGAGAAGAAAAGCGUGACGUCAUUACGCUGUACGUACGGACGUGCGGCGCCGCGCAGCAACAUGUCGCUUAAUGGAGAGGAGGAAGACUUCGAGUGGGAGCCCCCGACCGAGGCCGAGAUGAAGGUGAUCCAGGCCCGCAGGGAGCGACAGGACCAGAUCAGCAAAGUCAUGGGGGACUACCUCCUCAAAGGCUACAAGAUGCUAGGCGAGUGCUGUGACAAGUGCGGGACCAUUCUGCUGCAGGACCGUGCACACAAGAACUAUUGUGUCUCGUGUCAGGAGCUGGAUUCUGACGUUGACAAGGACAACCCUGCCCUCAACGCACAGGCGGCGCUGUCCCAAGUUCGAGAGCGGCGCCUGGCGGCUCAGUCCCCGGCGCCGUCCGAUUCCACGCACGUCAACGGCGACGCUGGUGACCACGUCAGCAACGCUGUCCCCCAGCCCCGACCAGAGCACUGCGAGGGGGCGGCAGCCGGUGGCAGAGCCAUUCCUCCUCCGCCGCCGGCCGCCACCGCACCGCCAUCCCCCGCCGUGGUUGUCCCAGGGUCCGCCGCCGUCCCUACUACGGCGCCCAGCGCCGCCGCACGUCCGGCGGUCAUGCGCCCGGUGCUGCGGGACGCCGAGGAGGCGGUGCUGAGCAAGAUGCGCUGGGCCAGUAAUCAGCUGCAAAGUUGCACCUCCCUUGAGUCCAGCAUCCAGCUGUGCAACCUGAUCUCCAGCUGCGCCGCCUCGCUGCGGAGCCUCCGGGAGAUCGGCCAGUGAGGGCGCGCUGCCUUUUGAACUCUUAGGUGGGCCGGGCCAAGACCAUUGAAGGUGACUAAAAGUGUCAAAUGGAGUGGAUGAGCUUUGUUGUUUUUGUAAGUUAUUUUGUCUUUUAAAAAAUAUUGGCCAUUAAAAUGAUUCCAGUGAGGUUUUUCGCAUGUUAUUUCUGCCCAUAAAGAGGUGAAAUUUAGUAUUGUACAGCGUGAAAUUUAUUCUGUUGGCAUAUGCAAUUUCAACUUAUUCAGAGACAACUGUCACAUUAGUGGAUAUCACUUCAAAAGUGAUUAUUUGCUUCACUCAUUCACUGGCAGCCCAGGUCAGAGAGUAUGUGUUCUGGUGGUUGGUAAAAGGGAAAAAAAAUUGAUUGGACGUACAGCGGGG